AUGACCACAAACGACCCGAGCCCGUUGACGCACUCGCAACGCAACGAGACCCUCGAGCUGGGUACAUCACCUUCGUACCUGACUCUUGGUGACGAUAAUCGACUCGAGAAUUCGCCAUCGUAUCAAACACUACGUGGCGACCUCACCGCUCAGGGGAAGGAGCGGGACAGCGAUUCCAGCAAGCGCAAGGAGCAAUACAGCGAGCGGCCACCCUCGGAGGCUUCUUAUCGUGAAGAUUUGCAGGUCUCUGUCGAUCCCGGGGAGGAUCCAUACAUCCUGACCGGCAGGAGGCUUUAUAUUCUUUUUUUUGCCCUCCUGUUAUCUGUAUUCCUUGUCGCCUUGGAUCAGACCAUCAUUGGAACCGCCUUACCGAGGAUCGUUUCCCAUUUCAAUGCACUUGACCAAGUAACCUGGGUGGCAAGCGCAUACUUCCUGACAGAUGCCGGAUUCAUGCUCUCCGCCGGCCAACUUCUUGCGGUCGCCCCUACGAAAUGGGUAUUCUUGGCAUCGAUCACUAUUUUCGAGAUUGGUUCCCUUCUUUGUGGUGUCGCCCCGACGAUGGAUGUUUUGAUCCUCGGUCGUGCGAUCGCCGGCAUGGGAGGUGCCGGCAUCACAAUUGCUGUAAUAUCUAUCAUCGCGCAGGUUACGAGGCUCGAGGAUCGACCAGUUCUUUUCGGUGCCUUUGGGGCGUUCUUCGCCCUUGCCAGCGUUAUAGGACCGCUGAUGGGGGGAGCGUUCACCGAUCACGUCUCUUGGAGAUGGUGCUUCUACAUCAACCUACCGAUUGGCGCAUGUACGAUCGUCCUUGUUUCAAUAAUGCUCGAGGCUCGUCCGCCGAUAGAUGAUAGCAACUUCGCCGGAACUGGCCGAAGCAAGUGGCUACGACUGGAUUGGGCCGGAACCAUACUGGAUAUCGGUAUGACGACCGCUUUGCUAUUACCUCUGCAAUGGGGUGGUGCUACCAAACCUUGGACCGAUCCAUCCGUCUACGCUCUGUUUCCGGUCUUUGCCGUGCUUUGUGCGGCCUUCAUUUACUGCGAGUAUAGGAUGGGUCCCAGAGCUAUCAUUCCGUUGAAGAUGUUCAAGCGACGCGGUAUGUUGGGAUGUGCCCUUGUAGCCUUCUUUGUGUAUAUGGGCAUGCUUGUCGCUACGUACUACCUGCCCUUGUGGUACCAAGCCACUAGAGGACAUUCCGCGACCACUUCUGGUCUCGAUAUCUUGCCCUUCAUGCUGUCCGUUGUUGGAUUUGCUGCAAUCUCCGGCGUGGUGAUAUCGAAAACGGGCAGGGUCAUGCCGUGGUUGUUCGGGUCUCCGUUGCUUCUGGCGAUCGGCGGAGGCCUGCUCUACACUGUCGACGCGCACACUUCUACCGCGAAGCUGAUCGGCGAGUCUUCCCCGCAAACACGCUCAAACAGUUAUCAAAUUCUGUUCGGAUGUGGCAUCGGAGGGGCAAUGCAGAACACGAUUCUAGGAGUCCAGACGGAGUUUGCAGAUGACGAAAAGCUGAUCCCUCAAGCGACCUCCAUCGCGCAGUUCAUGCAGCUUCUGGGCGGCAUUAUCGCCAUUGCUAUCGCCGGGACCGUUUUCGACAACCAACUUCGCGCGAACAUCCCUUCCACACUACCCGCCGAGCUUGCCAAGCAGAUUUCGCAGAGCGUGUCCGUAAUCAAGACACUCGACCCGGCCGAUCGCGCGAUCGUCAUCGAGGCGUACACUAAGAGUCUGCGGCCAGUGUUCAUGAUUGGCGUGCCCGCAGGCGCUCUCGCUUCUCUCUGCGCGUUGAUUGUACCGAACUACAAUUUGAAGGAGCGGGGUGGCGGAGCACACGCCGCUAUCGCCUGA